ACAUUCCAAGUAUUAUACGUUAAAACUAACUAAAAUAUUUUCCACAAACAAUUACCAAACAAUUCGUUUGUGCUUCUGUUUUUCCAAUGAACAUUUGCAUGUAAUCAACAUACCACAAUUUCGCUAGAUCGAUUGUUAAGCAAAUACCUUCAUUUUCAAUAGUUUCCGCUUGAAAAAACCAAAUCAAUUUCUAUCAGCCAUCCUUAGUACCAAUCCUGCUACAUGAAUACGUGAGCCACAUUCCACAAGCUAGUAUUUUGUGGCGUUGAUUUUUUGUGAAUAUUUUAUUCAACACUACUGCAAACAGGACACAAUUCAAUUAUGCAAACGAUGAAUGAGGCACAUGAUUCCGUUUUUUUUUUCGAUUUCCAAUGAGUCCAAGAAAGUUAUUAGAAGUCAGAUCUGAUUACCAUGAAAUAGAAUACACAAUUCGCUUGCACAAUGCUCCAAAAGAUACAAAUGGGCGUACAUUGUUAUUCACGAACGGUUCCUGACCGAGAAAAGUAUUUUCACAGAUGACCCCCAAAACAGGUCAUGCUUGAAAAGAGUGGGAAAUGGUUUGCCACAAAGCAACUUUAGCAAAAGUUACACAAACAUUAUUCAUUAUGCACAAGCCUCUUGUCCAUCUCAUGCCAAGGUUUACGCUCCAUGUAUUCCUUGAGCGUGAAGCUUUCAACACCCCGCACUCACAUUUGCUGCAACAAUACUCAGAAAUGCACAAUUAAGCUCUCCGCUUCAUGUUCAGCCAAAGCACCAGUUAAUUAUUCACUAUUCCCCUGACUAUUACCCCACCCUAAGUUUGGACUUCGAUGAAAGGGUGUGCCGGAAACGGAUUGGCUGAAAGCUAUAAAAAGAAAAUCGAAACAUGACUCUUCCUCAUCAAACGGUGGACGACGAGCAGGGACGAAACCUAACCAACAUGGACACUCCACCGGCGUCAGACAGUUUCCGUCCUAAACCAGUUCGUGUUUCACAGCUCCCGCACUAUCAGCAAUCCAACCAUGAAGGCGCGGGCAAAUUCGGUCGCGACGCAUAUCGUAUCGGUUCCGGCCGACUUCUGUGGAACACUCUAAAGGAAACAUUCUACGAAUUUGCAUCCAUUUCGAAAAUACACGGAAUGCACUACUUACAAAAGCACGUCACCGGUGGGCUGAUGCGACUGUUGUGGAUCUUGAUCAUCGCAGCGUUCUUCGCCUUUGGCGUUGCGUUGAUAUUUCUUCUGUGGCAAAAGUUUAUCGAUUCACCGACCCGGAUGACGAUCGCGUCAGAGAUGAAGAUCAUGCAGGUACCCUUUCCUGGUGUUACUAUUUGUCAUCCUCAGAGCGUAAUGGACUAUAAGGCGCAACGGUUCGUCGACAGCAUUAAAUUUCCCCUCGGUGCAACCAAGGACAGCAUCCUGAAGAAUCUGCCCUCGCUCGGAUACUUCACCGAACAUCAGUGGAUGUUUCCUAGACCGCAGGAUCUCAGUAUGAUCGAUAAGGUCCUGCAGCUCAACAACUACACCAUCGAGCAAGCCAUCGAUAAGCUCGGUAUGAUCUGUGAAGACUUUAUCGUGAUCUGCUACUGGGCCGGCAAGAAGUUCCCCUGCUUCGAUAGGCAUGCCUUUCUCGGUUGGGUCGGUUCCACCAGCCAUUACGGGGCGUGCUGCUCGUUUAACUAUCAUCCGAACGUGAAGGGGGACCGAUCCAUGCCGUUCGCAAUCAAUACGUACGGGAUUCACGGUGGCCUCAGUGUGGUCGGUACGGGUUAUCCACAGGCAUCGGAUGGAAAAUCGGGUGCCCUUUACUCGGAAGGGUUCAUGCUUAUGAUACAUCAUCCCCACGAUUUCGCAGUAGAAGCGUCACCACUAACGCUGCUACGAUUAGGUAAGGAAACGUUCGUCAACGUGCUGCCAACGGAUUCACGCUGCUCGGAACAGGUUCUGGCACUGCCGCAGAAUCAACGAAGUUGUCUUGUCGGAAGGGACUUUCAACCACCGAUUGUGAACUACCGUCAACCGGCUUGUACGCUGGAGUGUCUGCGUAACGAGGUUCACCGGAAGUGCGGAUGCCAUCCAUUCCAUUUACCGCGACAAACGGAAGCGGGUAAAGGUCGCGAGAUUCGCAAUUGCACCGUGUACGAUUCGAUGUGUUUCGUAGAAAAUUACUACAUGUUUAAAAGAUUGAAAUGCCACUGUCUCCCGGCGUGCAGCGACGUUACCUAUAAAACGGCAUCGAUUGAGUUGGAUUUUGCUGCUAAAAACUUCUCCAUCAACCCUUUCUACAAGGAGACGAACCUGACAAACUUUGAGUUCAUUUUCCACAUAUUCAUGAGCAAUCAGGUAGUGGCCGCCAAUCGGAGAAUCGUUGUCGUGUCGUGGAUAUCAUUGCUCUCUAAUCUUGGUGGUGCCUUCAGCUUGUGCCUCGGUAUCAGUGUACUGUCGCUGUGUGAAAUCUUGUUCUGCAUUGUGUUUAGGAUACGAAAAAGCUACCACCGGUUGAAGCAACAGCAUGAGCAACGUGUUAAGCUGGUGGCCCCUAUCGCACGGUUACAGAGGUUUGAUCUGAAUUCGAAACCAAGGAUAAAAAUAUGA